CUCUCACGCAUGGCGUCUCAGACACUUUAGAUAACCGUUAAAUUUAUUUCAUAAUUUUAAGACUAAAUAAACCAAAAUAAAAACUCCUCACAUGCUACCUGGAGGGUUGCAGUCGCAACGUUAAAGAGCAGCGUGUUGUCGCAAAAACCCUGCCUAGAGUACGGAAUCCUAAUAGGGUCAAACCGCACGGAGUUUGCCGUUUUUUAAUCCCGGAUUUACAGGUUGUAAGCAGUUUGUAUUGCCAUAUCAGAUGACAAAGCUACCAAAAACAGAAAUAUACAUUUAUACGUCCAUUUCUACAUGUAAUUGUAAUCAUAAUAUUAAACACCAAAUAUAUAAACGCUGCUACCGUAAAGAUGCUGUUGAGACGUCGUGACAACAGCAUUCAAUAUGGCGGUGGCAAUGUCAGGUCGUGGCGUCGCCUUCAUUAGGAACAUAGUUGGGUCGCUACACUUGAGGUUGCAGGUUCUUGGUGGUGCAUCGCAGCAGCUCUCAUGUCUCCACACAAGCAUUUCAUUAGAUGCCAAACACUGGGAGAGGAACAACCGGAAAGUAUAUCCUCCUCAGCUGCCGGAGGAGCCUCGCAGACCUGCAGAAGUUUAUCACAGCAGGAGGCAAAUAAAGUACAGCAAAGACAAGAUGUGGUAUUUGGCUAAGAUGAUCAGGGGGAUGAGCAUCGACGAGGCUAUCGCUCAGCUGGAAUUCAACGACAAGAAGGGAGCAAAGAUCAUGAGAGAAGUUCUUCUUGAAGCUCAAGAGAUGGCGGUCAAGAAUCAUAACGUGGAGUAUAAAUCUAAUCUCUACGUAGCCGAGUCAUUCUCCGGCAAAGGGCAGUACCUGAAGAGGAUCCGUUACCAUGGCAGAGGCAUGUUCGGCAUCAUGGACAAGGUUUACUGUCACUACUUCGUCAAGCUGGUGGAGGGUGUGCCACCCAAACCGGAGAAGAGGACGGGCUUCGAUCAAGCCAAAGAGUACGUCCAAGGUCUCAAGAACCGGACCAUCAUCCACAGCCUGUAGAUCACCCAGCCUUCAACUGUUGUUUGUGUGUCAUUUUAUAUUUGUAAAUAAAUACAAAUUAAUUAAAAUACAAUAAAAUGUG